GGGGCCGGACCCGGCGGCCGGGCAGGAACCGCGCCGCCCGGCCGAGGUCGGGGGCCGGACCCGGCGGCUGGGCAGGAACCGAGCAGCAAUGGGCUUUCUGUUGAUGUACGACAUCGCCUACCAGGAUUCCUUCAACGCCGUGCAGGACUGAUGGCCUCCCCCAACAACACCCGGCAGGCCCAGAAAGAUGCCGCCGACCAGAACUUCGACUACGUGUUCAAGCUGCUGAUCACUGGGAACAGCAGCGUGGGGAAGACGUCCUUCCUGUUCCGCUACACCAACGACUCCUUCACCUCGGCCUUCGUCAGCACCGUGGGCAUCGCCUUCAAGGUCAAGGCGGUCUACAGGAACGAGAAGAGAUUCAAGCUGCAGAUCUGGGGUUUGAAUUCUUCGAAGCCAGCGCCAAGGUCAACAUCAACGUAGAGCAGGUCUUUGAGCGCCUGGUGGCAGGAACCGCGCCGCCGGGCAGGAACCGUACCCAGCCGAGGUCGGGGGCCGGACCCGGCGGCUGGGCAGGAACCGCGCCGCCGGGCAGGAACCGCGCCGUCCGGCCGAGGUCGGGGGCCGGACCCGGCAGCCGGGCAGGAACCGCGCUGCCCGGCCGAGGUCGCAGUUGGACCCUGGGGGCAGGAGGCGUGCCGCCCGACCCUGAGUCUCGCCACGACCUCGCCGAGCGGCGCGCCGCCUGAGACUUCCUCCUGCUGGCACCCCCACCCCCAGGCUCCAGCUCACCUGGGAGGCGGCAGGUUUGUAUAAUUUUUGCUGGGGCCCAGAAUGGGUGUAAUCUCCCUCUUUCCC